AAAAAACUCUAUUGCUUAAGAAUAUGAAUUGGUAUAGUUUUGGGGUGAUAUUGAGAAUAUGAAAAAUGAUGGGUGAAGACAUUUCAAAUCUGCAAAAGUUAAGCUCUGAAGAAAAGAAUUAGUCGAAGACGAAGCAACAUCGACAUCUUCGCUUCCCCAUUCCAAUCCAAAACUCUCUUCUGCCCUUCAAGUUUUAAGCUAACUGUGGUGGGUUUCAAUGGCCGGGAAAGCUGCUCCUAGACCAACUAUGCUAUCUGUUUACCUUUAUAUUCCUAAUAUCAUUGGUUACAUAAGGAUUCUAAUGAACUGUUUUGCUUUUGCACAAUGCUUCUCCAACAAAAAGCUGUUCUCUGUUCUCUACUUUUUUAGCUUUGUAUGUGAUGGCAUAGAUGGUUGGUGUGCUCGUAAAUUCAACCAAGUUUCUACAUUUGGAGCUGUUUUAGACAUGAUAACAGACAGGAUUAGCACUGCUUGUCUAUUGGUUAUACUUUCCCAAGUGUACCGGCCUGGCCUAGUUUUCCUCUCAUUGCUUGCCUUAGAUAUUUCUAGCCACUGGUUGCAGAUGUACAGUACUUUCUUGUCGGGCAAAGUUAGUCAUAAAGAUGUAAAAGACAGCACUAGUUGGCUUUUCAGGUUAUAUUAUGGAAACCGAAUGUUUAUGGCUUACUGUUGUGUGGCAUGUGAGGUUCUUUAUAUACUGUUGUUUCUACUUGCAAAGAACCAGACUGAGAAUUUAAUGGAUGUUUUAUUAAGUUCGGUUAAACAGAAUCCACUGCUUUGUAUUCUAGUUAUCUUAAGUUUAUUUGGCUGGGCAGUCAAGCAAGCUGUUAAUGUUAUACAGUUGAAGACAGCAGCAGAUGUAUGCGUGCUUUUCGACGUCGAGAAAAAGCAGAAGCCUUAAACACUUUAAAAUUUCUUAUACAAUCCAAGUGACAUCCCAUGUUCAUACUCAGUUGUUUACAUGUUCAGCUGUUCCCACUCAAAUAUCCAUCUUAACAUAGCCAGGUGGUUUUUGAUAUUACCAAUUGAUUGAUUGUAACAGAGGAAGGGGAAGAGGAAAAAAAAGGGAUUAUAAAUACUUUUAUGACAUGUUCUGUCUCUAUUGGAUUUUCUUCUAAAUUCCCCCCUUUUUGGGGAGUGUAUAUUGUGAAUUCAAUUAGCCUUGUUUGCCUAAUUGGGAUUUGUACAUUGGUUAUAUUUGUGACAUUUUACACCAGAAUUUUGCAGUAAUUAUAUUUUUUAGUUAUAGUA